ACCGUACCAUACCAUCUGUGCUGCUGGCUGCAGAGGCCUGAGGAAAAGAAAACACCGCAAGAAUAUCCUACAUUUUAUACAAAAAGCAGGAAUAGCCAGCAUGAAAUUGUAUUGUCUGUCUGAGCAACCUAGUGCACCAUGUCUUCUAUUGACGUUCAAAGGGACAACAAUUCUUUUAGACUGUAGUCUAGACCUUGGCAGUCUUCAGCAUUUCCUUCCAAUGCCUCUGGUUCCAAGCACCCAGUUUUCAAAAAUGCCAAAUUGGAAGCCGAGUGAGAAAGGCCAUGGACUUGCACAUUCAAAGGAGCUGAAGGAGUGCAGUGGACGGGUGUUUGUUGAUGCCACACCAGAAGUUUGUACUCCAGAGUUUGGAAUGAUUGACAUGUCAACGGUAGAUGCCAUCUUGAUUUCUAACUAUCAUUGUAUGCUUGGACUACCAUUCAUUACAGAGUUUACAGGUUUCAAAGGUGUCAUAUAUGCAACAGAACCAACUAUUCAAAUUGGCAGGCAAAUGAUGGAAGAGCUUGUUGAGUAUAUGGAAAGAGUUCCCAAGAAGCAAUCGUCCUCCCCCUGGAAGAAGCCAGACUUACUGAAAUCGCUCCCUGCUCCGCUCAAAGAUGUUAAAUGGCUUGGAUGCUGGAAGAAGUGCUACAGUAAACAUGAUGUGAAUGCCUGUCUAUCUAAAAUUACCAAUGCAGCAUUCUCAGAAAAGCUGAGUUUAUUUGGAGCCCUGACAUUAGUUCCAUUGAGUUCUGGUUUCUGUCUUGGAAGUUGUAACUGGAUCAUCAGCUCAGCUUAUGAAAAGGUAUCGUAUGUAUCAGCAUCAUCCUUUCUCACCACACAUUCUAUGCCCAUCAACCAAGACCCAUUAAAGAACAGUGAUGUCAUUGUACUGACAGGACUCACACAGACUCCAGCACACAAUCCUGAUAGCAUGUUGGGAGAGUUCUGCAGCACACUCACCAUGACCAUCAAGAGUGGAGGAAAUGUCUUAGUCCCAUGCUAUCCUUCUGGUGUGAUCUAUGAUCUAUUUGAAUGUCUUGCUGGUUACAUGGAGAGUGUAGGUCUGAUGCAAACACCUCUCUAUUUCAUCUCACCUGUAGCAGAAAGUUCCUUAGCUUUCUCACAGAUACUCUCAGAAUGGCUGUGUGGAUCGAAGCAAUCUAGGGUUUAUCUACCAGAACCUCCAUUCCCUCAUGCAGAACUGAUUAAGAAUGGCAGGUUAAAACACUUCCCAAGUGUGCAUGGUGAAUUUAGCAACCAAUUCAAAACACCCUGCGUUGUAUUCACUGGACACCCCUCUCUAAGAAUGGGAGAUGCCGUUCACUUCAUGGAGAUGUGGGGCAAGAAUAGUAACAAUACAGUACUCUUUAUUGAGCCUGAGUUUGCGUACCUGGAUGCUCUGGCCCCAUACCAACCGUUAGCAAUGAAGGCUUGCUACUGUCCCAUUGAUACAGCUCUUACCUUUCCUCAAGCAAACAAGUUAAUCAAAGAUCUCAAGCCUCUACAAGUGGUCUUACCUGAAUCUUACACCAAUCCACCAGAAUCCCAUCCUUUGAGAACAGAUCUAGUUGUAGAAGUGGAGCCUGCAGCUACACCAUACAAUCGUGAUGAUGUCAUUGGGUUACUAGUGAAGAGGAGAUAUGAGAAGGUUGAGAUUACACCUGAGGUUGCCAGCAGUCUAUCUCCAGUAGAACUUCAACCAGGUGUCUUGGUGUCCACUGUUACUGGUCAACUUAAUCUCCAUGACAACAAGUUUAUUCUAGAGGAGCUGCCUUCACCUCAAGCCAGCCUACAGCUUGGCUCUGGUCAACCUCAGAGAAAGAGAAAACGAGAAGAAGAGACCACACCCAAAGUGUUUACCUCUCAUCCUAAGAACUAUGUCUAUGGUAAUAUUGACAUGGAAGAGUUUGUCCAGAGUCUUGCCUCGAAUGGCAUUGCUGAUGUUAAGGUAGAAAGCACAGGAUCAGGUCAUAUAGUUCACUUGGAAUCGGAAGAUACCAUUAUACAACUAGAGGAGGGGUCAACACAUAUCUUUUGUGAGGGGAAUGAAAAGCUGAGGAAACAGCUGAGGGAUGUGCUCAUCAGUUGCUUAGGAAGAUUUUGAUAAAAGCCAUAUAAUGACUUUGACAAACUUUUUGUUGAAUGCAACAUGUUUUAUCCUGACUGAUGGACAAUAGCCCUGGAUAAUCAAGUAUUCUUGAAGGAGUUUAACUUGGAGAUCACUUGGAUUUGAAUAUUGCAAUGUGAAAGUUCUCUAUCUUGGGUUGGUGAAGAAAAAUGUUUUCUCUGCACCAUUUUUAACAUAAUACCAAAAGAACCAACUUCGACCUUGCCUCAUUUUGCAUAUUUAUUUGAUGGUGAUCUGAUCAGAGGUGCGAUAAAUCAGUCGGUAGAGUGGGGGUUUUGUAUUCCGGUGACCCGGGUUCGAUUUCCACUUGGUUCGCUAGUGCCCUUUGGUAAGGCAUUAAUCCUCAUUACCGGGUCCCUUGGAGAGGGCCUUAAGCCGUCGGUUCUCUGGUUGCUUGCUUACAAGGUUAGCAUAGCAUUCAUGCUUUCCUAGCAAUUAAGUUUAAAUUCACUAUCAUUUACCAUUUGGGUCAUGGGAUCAAAGGUA